CAAAUUCAUAUUGAAUUUUAAUAUCUUUAUUCAUUACCCAACUAUAUAUUGUAGAAAAUCAAUAGUAAUAAUAAUAGUUAACGAAGAAAAAAAAAAAAAAAAAAAGAUAUAUAAACAAACAUAUAAUUAUAAUAAUAUAUUUUAAAAAGAAAUUAAAAUGGUAAAGGUAGUUCCAUUAAGAUUUAUAACAUAUGAUCCAUUAAAGGAUCCAAGUAAAAUGGUCUAUAGAAGACCAAUUAGUAAACCUGUAAGAGCAUUUAAAGGUUUUUUUUCAGAGUUUAUUGGUACAUUAUAUUUAGUAUUUUUCUGUGGUGGAAGUGUUUGUUCUGCUUUGGCAGUAGCUGGAGAUAGUGCAGCAAGAGCACUUUUAGCAUGUUUCAUACAAGGUAUGGCUUUGGCAGCAUUAAUUUGGGCAGUAUCUGGUGUUUCAGGUUGUAAUUUAAAUCCAGCAGUCACAUUAGCAAAUCUCUUAUCAGGUAGAGUAGGUUUAAUUGAUAGCAUUAGUUAUGUUGCUGCUCAAGUUGUUGGGUGUAUUGCUGGUGCAGGUAUUCUCUAUGGUUGUUUACCAGCAGUUUAUAGAAUAGAUUUAGGUGUUCCACAUUUAGCUCCUGGUAUGAAUACUGGUGAAGGUUUCCUCCUUGAAAUGAUGCUAACUUGUAUACUCUGUCUCACUGUAUUGGGUACCUCAGUAUUCAAUGUUUGGGAUAGAAGAAUGAAUAGAGUAGCUCCUUUCGCCAUUGGUUUAGCUUUAUUAAUUGGUGUUGGUAUUGGUUUCAAUUUCACCGGUGGUGCCCUUAAUCCAGUUCGUGUCUUAGGUCCAUCUAUUAUCAGUGGUGUUUGGUCAAAUCAUUGGAUCUAUUGGUUAGGUCCAAUUGUUGGUGCUAUCAUGGCUGCAUUUAUUUAUCGUUGUCUCUUACAAGAACGUUUCGAUGUCAUUGAAAGACCAGGUUAUAUUGAACCAUUAAUUGAUCCAACUGCUGCCAGUUCAUUCUAUUAAAAAAAAAAAAAUUUUAUUUAAUUUCUAAAAUUAAAAAACUAAAAAAAAAAAAACAAAAUAAAAAAAAAAACAAAUUAAUAAUAAAUUGUUUAGUUUUAAAUUU